AUGGAUCAGGGAGCCGCCGCGGGUACCGGAGGGACUUUCAUUUCCCUGAGUGACGCCGAGCAGAGAUGUUACUCCGGGCUGUACGCGCUCUGUCAGCCCGACAGCACCGGCACACCGGCGGCGGGGAAGCUGGCGGAGCUCUUCCGCGCGUCGCAGCUGCCGGCCGAGACGCUGCACCAGAUAACAGAGGUGUGCGGUGCGAAGCGGCUGGGUUACUUCGGGUGUGGACAGUUUUACGUCGCUCUGAAGCUGAUGGCGGCCGCGCAGUCCGGGUUACCGGUUCGUCUGGAGAGCGCAGCGGGCGAACUUCCUCUGCCUGUUUUUGUGGGAAUAACUGGCGACCCUGAGAUGCGUUAUCCCAGUCACCCUCCGACCAAUGAGAGCCAGGCUCACACCCUGAGUUCGGUUCUAGGCUCCGCCCCUCGCCCACCUGCCGACAGAUCUGUGCUCAGACACCCUGAGACCAACAUGGACAAACAGGAGGCGUGGUCUCCUCCGCGGUCACCCGGCAUCUCCCCACCCCGCUCUCCAUCAGCCUAUAUCAGCUAUCCGUACAGCACACAGAGGAAUGGGACCGACACGCUAUUGGUAUAUGAUGGUAAACUGGCGACUCGUCCCAGUGUUUCUCAGGAGAAUUCCUCUCCCAGUCAUUAUUUCGUCAGACUGCAGCCGGACGUUGCACGGGUCGAGCGAUUGCCUGAAAGAAAUGAGGCUGAUUAUUCAGACGAUCCCUGGAGGAUUACAGAAGAGCAACGCGACUAUUACACCAUCCAAUUCAGAAGUCUACAGCCCGAUCUGAAUGCGCUCAUACUUGGAACUGUUGCAAAAAACUUCUUCACAAAGUCCAAGCUUCCCAUUCCAGAGCUGUCGCAUAUAUGGGAGUUAAGUGAUGUCGACAAAGAUGGUGCUCUCAACUUCUCUGAGUUUUGUACCGCCUUUCAUCUGAUCGUGGCUCGUAAGAAUGGUUACCCACUUCCUGAAGCUCUCCCCCCCUCACUUAGACCAGGAUAUAUGGAUCAAUGUGUGACUACGGUGAUACCAACAGAGACGACUCAACCUCUCAUUGUGUUUGAUGACACCAUAACCCCUGCAGCAACUCAGCUGGAGAAGGGUUCAGUUGACCUGCAGAUGACCUCUAGAUCAGGUGUGAGCACCUGUAAACAGGACACCAGAGAUGAGAGGAGACCGUCAGAGUUCAGCCCGAAGAGAGGCGAUCCAGAUCCUCAUGAGAAGUCAAUACAGCAAAGUCAAGUCAGCACUUUAAAACCAGAUUCUCCACAGGAGCUUGAUGCAAAUAUGAAGUCAAGGACACGGCCCAGGUCGUUUUCAAGCACAUCUAUAGAUGAUGCAAUAAGAAAGGUUGAAGAACCGCCCACACCACCACCCCGACCCCAGAAGACUCACUCUCGUGCCUCCUCGCUCGACCUGAAUAAACUGUUUCAGCAGAGCGGACAAGGUUCUAAAGGUGGUUGGUUGCCUCAACCUCCAGCUCUCCCUCCACGACCUCCAGCCACACAGAUCUUAAACUUCCAGCAUGGCUCAGACAAGAAUACCCAGAAGGCCGUGCAGCAGCCGAACUUUGCCGACUUCAGCAGAUUUAGGGAAGAGGAGGAAACCAGCGUACCUCCCCAAACCGUAAGGCCUGGGAUGAGAGGAGGUCUCAGCACAGAAGACCUGGCACCUUUAAAAACGGAUUCUCCGACCGUACUUCAAGGUCACACCCCUCAGAAGCCAGUACGAAGAAAGCUCCACCCAGAAAGCCAGAGUGCCACGCCCCAAUCGGCCACGCCCUACUCUGCUGCCACAUUGACCAAAUCUACACAGAGGUUGCCUCCUAAACAGAAGAGAGAGAUCCAGAUGGCCAUUCGUAAAAACAGAGAGACCAACGCAGUCCUGACACGUCUUAACAGUGAACUACAACAACAGCUGAAGGUUGUUCAUCGGGAGCGAGUUACUCUGGAGUCCCAGCUGGAUUUGUUGCGGCCCGUGACGUCAACCUGACCAAUCACACAGCGUUUCUGUCCGGUUUCUAUGUUUCCAGUACACACACAUCUCAUCUUUUGUCUGGUGAUGUUUUGGUGAUGGUUUAUGAGCUGUAAUUCAAUCACACGUCACCGUUCUUAUUAAAGUGACCAAACGAUGGAGGCACCACAAACACAGAAAGAUGAUAUUCACCACCACACGAGGACAACUUAAGGAUUUGUUGGGUUAAAAUGUUUUUAGGUUUGGAUUUGUGUUUGUGUGUUUGUUUUAUAACCAGACAUUACUAACACAGCUAACUGGAAAAAACUUCAUCCCAGGAAAUUGAAAAUCUAUUUUUAGUUGAUUUAAUUGUUUUCGUAUGUUUUGUUUGUAAACGCACAGAUUCAUCCAGGAUUUAAAGUACUGUUUCUGUUUGUGUUCUGGUAGGCCAAUCCUGUUACACCAACAAUAAGCUUGUAAGGGUGAAUCCAACAAAAAUGCAAGCAGGUUAUAUUUACAACCCAAACAUGAAAGAAAUAACUAGAAUCAUUUUGCUAAAAGAAAAUAUUUAAUAUUUAGUCCCCCCUACAAAAAACGUUUUACUUUUCAUUUAUCAUUUUCAUUACUGUAACUUUUACUGAUUUUUACUCAAAUGAUUUCUGUUUCAAGCAGUUUAAACUAAAGGCAAUACAGCAAACAACUUUUUAAAUAUUUAUCAAAAAUGGGAUAUAGUUUCUUCUUCUUUCAUUACAGUAAUGAGAAUUUGGCAAAUUGAUAAUAUUGUCAAUAAAAACUUUCUAAUGGAUUUCUUUGAUUUUGGGCUGAAAUGUGACCAGUGCGUCUUACUGGAGAGGUUUCACUCAUAAAGAUCACUGGUGCAACUUUAGCUUUGUCGAAUCGUCUCUGUUUGCCGGGUCUGAGUUAGUAAAUGUGGGAUGUUUUGUAUGUGUUUAUGCAUGAAGGUUAAUGUUUACGCUGAAGAGGUGGCAGAAAUGCAUUUAUUUUUACACAUCUAUAGGAAGAGGCAUGUAAAUGAGUGUAGUUUGAUAACACAGAUAUAUGUUUAAGACUACUGAAUGUUUGAAUGUACAUUAACUUCAGUUAAUGACUGUGCUUGUACUGUAUUACAAAAAACCUUUGGGUGUCACAAUCUAUCAGUAUAUGUUCAAAGAAAUUAUUUUUACAUUUCCUUUUAUCGCUUGCCAUAUCUUUAACUUUUCGAUCACUUCAUUAGCAUUUCUAACUCUCCUAAAAACCCAUGUGACUGUUUUGGGGAAAUUAUGAAAUGUGCAAAAAAGUGAUUGUUUGAAAAAAGCUACAAAUGAAAACCAGCGAAUGCAAAAAAGCUAACAAUGUCUGUAUUUUUGUGCUAAAUUCUUUCCUAUGCAAGAAACAUUGAUGAUUUUGGCUUGCCAUGUUGUGUUUUUAAUGUUGAUAUGAAUUUAGCUGAAUCUCUGUGUUUUGAUCCAGAAGUGAGGAUGUUUGUGAGUGUCAAUAAAAGCCUGUGGAAUUA